UCUAUUACACAAACGCACGACUCGUCUUUGAAGGGAUAAAGAUGGAGUUUGUCUUGCUUUGCAUAUCACACACUACCCGAUCCGUGGCUCUGCGUAUGCUCAUUAAGGAUUCAUUUCACCGUCUGUCACGCGAACAUCUGCGUAUACCUCCUAGGCAGGCAUGCACAAGGAGACAGCGGACUGACACUGCCUUCAGCUAUGGUAGGGUCGGCGGGUCCGAUGUUCGUAGAUGCUUGCCAUCAGAGGCGGCAGCUGCAUUGAGCGUGGCAAUGGCUACAGUGUUCCUAAACAACGACGACUAACGAAAGCACAAUGCACACACUACUUUCACUCAUCGUUCUCUCGGCAUAUUAUUCAUCAUCUCAGCUCACUACUUGUCAAUAAUGUUCCAAUAGCGCUCGCUCCAUCAAACUCAUAAAGAACCUCCCGC